ACUUGGAUACGCGUUACUCAAAAUGAGUUACAUGUUAUGUGCAUUUUAUUUCUUGCAAUUUACAACUAACUUGGAGAUUUCUGUGAAUUACCUACGAAUAUUAUGGGGUUUGCAUCGGUUUUAAGACGGAAUCGUCAGACAACAAAUCUGAAUAACUUUAUUCAUGUUAUACGCACACUGGUAUAUUCUUAUAAUAUCGAAAUAGUAUGAAUCAGAAAAAAAUGUUACUCAGAAAAUAACAUGUGCUUGAGUCCUGAAAAUUUAUUUAUAUGGUUUUUGGUAGAUAAACCUAGCAUCAGACAGGAAUAUAUGGUUGCUCAGUAACUUCAAAUUUUUAUACAUCUCAACUCAUUCAAAUUCUUUAUCAAGAUUUCCUUCCAAUGAAUGCUACCAAGAUUGAUGAAGAAAUAUCCAGUGACCAUAAACUAACCAAUUGUUCAUUAUCCCAACAAACUGGAGGUGAUAAGUCAACUACAACUACAUUCACAAAUGUCACUUCAACAGUAACGGUGAAGCCAUCUUCUGGAGUGUCAAGAAAAGUUAAUACUAAUGUUAGUGGCAAUGGUUCAUAUAAUUUCUUAGCGUCAUUAUAUUCGAGAUGCAUUAGGAAUUCAAGUCGACGAAUGAGAAAACAAACAAUCAACAGUAAUCAUCACCAAUCCACUUUCUGCUUAAACUUUUGCGGCUAUCGUUCGUCAGAUGCUGCUUCUCGCACCGGCGCUUCAGAAACACCACGCAGAGAAUCAAAUACUUACAGUUUUCGCUAUCCAACUAAUGGACGCCGGGAAAGUUCAGUCAGUUUGACAGGGAACAAUUCUCUACCCCCUGGUCAUUUCGGUGCUAAUAUCAGCAUAUCUGAAAGUGUAAAAACUCAUAAUUCAUCCCCGUCUCCUUCCACUACUGCUCUCAAUACUACUGCAUCUGUGCUUAAUAACUCAGGUCAAGCCAAUAGCAAUAAUAACAGCCCUACUACUAACAACUCUGUACACAUGUAUAAAUCUGAGCGAAUCCGCAAACUGCCAUCGGAUAAAUUAUCGUGUGAUGUGGUUAAAAACGAUACUACCGAACAUGGAAAUAUCAACAUUGCAACACCACUGAGCAUGACAGCGCUGACCAAUACAAAAUCCUCUACAGCUGAUUUGAUUAUCACUAAAAAUGUUUCUUACAAUAAAAGCCAAGGUAAUUUGCCACAAAUUUCUAGUACUCCAGUGCAAGACUCGUCAAAACUUUGUGCUAGAUGUCAGCGAGUCAUCGAUUUAGUUAACCAAGAUUCCAAACAAAUCUUUUCUUCAACAGAUAAUCCGACAGAUACUAAAAUAAACAACACUACAUGUAUUAACACUACUACUACUACUACUAAUCAUAAUAAUAAUAAUACUGAUAGUGUAGGACCUGUUAACCGAACUAACAAAAGUAACGAUAAAGUCAUAUCAAAAAAGGUCGAAGAAAUUGAAUCUGCCAUUGUAGAGUAUGAAAAACAUGUCAAAUACAUGUUAAAUCACAUUCAUACAACUAAGGAACAGUACUCUCAAAGUAGCCUUGAAUAUAAUUUUGGUGAUGAUAAAAAUAAAUGUUUAUGGGAUGCAUUUAAUACAAUUACUCCAAAUCAUGACAAUAUAUUCAGACCGUCACAUAAUGAUAUUAAUACAUUCCAUGUGGACGAUGAUAUUGACUAUGAAGAAAGAAAAGAUGAAGUCAAUGAGGGCUAUAGAAUGGAUGCACACUUGAAUACUAACAAUAAUUCGGAUACACGGCAACAAUGUCAUCAACAUCAUCGUCAUGUGAACAGACUAACACAAGACGAUACUGCAUAUAGUGAUAUUCAAACUCCAAAUAAUAUUUCCGAUGAAAAGAGAAUUAUAAAAAUUUAUAGACAACUUCAUAAUUUACGCUGUCAAAUUGAGUCAUUCUCUUAUUUAAGUUGGCUUGGGCUUGCAUCAGAACCUCCUACAAAUAAAGUUUUGGUUCCUGGAGCUGAUGCUCCUUCUCCUAAUCCUCAAAUGCACUUGAUUCGACGAUCAGAUGCAGACAGUCGAAGAAAUAUACAAGAAUUUAGGCGGUUGUGUAAAGAGCCUGUUUCCGAAGAGGAUUUGCUUGAAUUACGCUCAUCCACAUUUAAUAAUUGGUCUAGAACUGAUUCCCAGUUAAUGCGUCUAGUACGUGAAAUGUUCAAAGAACUUGGAUUUAUUGAACAUUACAAGUUACAGUAUCAUCGUUUGGAUUUGUGGCUUAGUGAUAUUUAUCGAAGAUACAAUCGUAUACCAUUUCAUAAUUACAAACACGCAUUUAUGGUUACGCAGAUGUGUUACGUUCUACUCUGGGGUGGGAACUUGACCAAACUACUUGAUAUUGAUGAUCAACUUACUUUGAUUAUGUCGGCCAUCUGUCACGAUUUAGAUCAUCCAGGAUUUAAUAAUGCUUAUCAGAUCAAUGCUGGAACGGUAUUGGCGAUGCGAUAUAACGAUCAAAGUCCGCUGGAAAAUCACCAUUCAGCAGUGGCAUUCGAUUUGUUGAGUCAUGCAGAAGUUGAUCCUUUCGCUCAUCUUCCUUUCAGUGUUCGACAACGAAUUCGCAAAGGAAUGAUAAGAUGUAUAUUAGCCACGGAUAUGUCACGUCACAAUGAAAUACUAGAUGAAUUUAAUCGUGUUGUUCUAGGUGAUUUACAAGCUGCCUGGGAAAUUGAUACCAACACGAAAAAGCCUGUUUGGGUAACAAAUAAGACACAGAAAGAUCUUGUUAUGAUCAUUAUCUUGAAAAUAUCCGAUAUUUCUAAUGAAGCACGUCCCCUGAAUGUUGCUGGUCCAUGGAUAAAUCGAUUAUUGGCAGAAUUCUUUAAUCAAAGCGAUUAUGAGAAACUUGUUGGUCUUCCAGUUGCACCAUUUAUGGAUCGUCAUAAGGUGACAAAAUCAGCAAGUCAGUGUGGUUUCAUUCGUUUCGUUAUUCUUCCACUCUUCGAAUCUCUGGCAAAGUUGUUACCAGAGGUUAAGGUGAGCAUGCAUCUACGAUUGGAACAUUUCAACAAUCAAUUCCCAGUAAUCCUGGUGUUUAUACAGCUUACCUAAAGCACCUAAAUCCUUUAUUUUCAGUAAUGCCAACCUGCAGAUCACUGUUGCAUAAGCUGUCACAGUCAUCAGUAGAUAUAUUGAAUCCCAUAAGAAAACAGCUGUCCAAUCAUUGUUCAACCAGCCUUGGAACAAUUGGCCUACUAUACAGAGUUACACGCAAAUGAAGAGAAGAAAAUGAAAGUGGAUAAUCAAAAAUCAAACAACAAUGAACUACAAAGUGUUAAUAAAACCAAGAAUACAACAGAUAAGUUGUGAUUUAUUGCUGAUGUAGUUUUUUUUCAAAUUGACUUUAAGGAGAAUAAAGUGCAUGUUUAUUUCUAAUGUCAAUAUUAUUCCCGUUAAUAAUGUUGGUUAUUGAUGAAGUCCUUUUAUUACUAUGAUUAUUAUCCUUUACCUUUUAUCCUCUUUCUUAUAACAUGUGAAUUGCUUCAUUGUGCUUUCAUCCUCGGAAUACGUUUACAGCUAGAAUGAUAUACAGAUAAACACCCUUUCUUUUGUUUAAAAAAAUGGCACCAUUUUAAUUAAUUACUCUGACAGUGAAGAAAACUUUCGUUAAUUUCUCUUUCUUUUAUUAGUUAUGGUUGUUUAUUUUUGUAUCUUUCAUUACCUUUAGGAGAAUUCACCUUGUUUAUGGCUAUCAAGUCUUCUUUUCGUUUUGCUCAAGAAAAGUAUUAAUGAAUUGAAUAUAUAUUAUACACGUAUCUGAUUAGUAAUUGUACUAAAAAAUAUUUUAGAUUAGAUUAUUUAUUUUCAAAGAUCUGAGUAUAUAAAACUUCUUUGAAAAUAUAUAUCGUUUAAAAGCAUCGUAAAAAUUAUCUGUAUAAAAAUUUAUUGAUUUUGUUUAGUGGUAUUCAUCUAUGUUACUUGGUAUUAUGACUUUUCACAGGAGUAUCUUGUUCCUUAAUUAACAUUUUAGGAUUUAAUUAUAUACUACUUUACAAAUGAAUAAGUAAGCAAUUACUUGUACACUUUUAAUUUUUAAUAUUGAAAGUGAUUAUUUAACUUGUUUUUAACGUAUGCACUGAAUGUUCUUCUCCUGUUCAUGUUGAAUGUUGCUUAUGCUGUAGCAGAGUUCACUGAUCAAACUUUGUAUCAAUUAUUACCUAAUCUACAUCCUUUGCUUAUCCAUUAAUUCUUCAAUGUGAUUGUAAGUUUAUGGAACACUGAAGAAUUAUGAAACUAUAGAAAUGAAAACUGCAUAAGUUGAAAAAAACAUUUUCUCGUCGAAUACAGACAUAAGUUUAAGGUCAUUUGAAAAUUUUUAUGCAGCAUUAAAGUUUCUAAAAAAUUUUACUCCCAUCCUAUUUCAUGAAUCUUUAUCCGUUUGUGUUUGUGAAUCAGCUGACUUAGAUAAUAUUCAUUUUGUUCUCUCAUCAUUUAACAGGAAGAUAAUGAAACAAAAUGAAAAUUUUAACCUACAAGUUUAGAUGCAUAUGUGACUUGUUAAAAUCUAUCUGGUUGUAUGAAUAGUUACAUGUGAGAUCAAGCUUAUAUGAGUGAAUGAAGCAUAUGCAUUCCAUAAUAAUGAACAGGUUGUAGGGCUUUACAGUUCAUUAUUAUAUACUUUUUAGAUCUUUCCAUAACUUAAAAUUCUUAUCAGUACAGUUGUAUAUGUUUUAUAUUGUUACUUGAAGUUUUGCUGCAUUGUACAACCCUUGUGACCACCACUGUCAGCACUUACUCCUCCUUAUUCUUCUCGUUACGCUUCUGUCAAUGGUAUUCUUUAACUUUUACUUCUUUAAAUAUUUAAAUACCAAUUGUUUGAAUAUCUAACAAACCUGUUUAGGUUUUUCUUUUUCCUGUUUUUGUCUUCUCAGUAUUUUGUUGGUCCCUUCUCCCAAUUUGUAUUUUGCACAAAACAUUUUAAAAAACUUUAAAAUGCUUCUUUUUUCGAGUUAUUGUUAAUAGUUAAAUUAACUUAUCAUAAUUAUUUCGAGGUUAAUGUUACAUAAAUAUCAGAAGAAAGCGUAGAUGCUGUGAUAGGAUAUGAUUCGUCUCUAGCUCUCUUUCUCUCUCUCUCUCUCUCU